AUGGAGCAGCAGGCAGUACAGAUGGACCGUGAAGCCUUCUCCUGUUCGAUCUGUCUGGAUCUACUGAAGGAUCCGGUGACUACUUCCUGUGGACACAGCUACUGUAUGAAGUGUAUUAAAACACACUGGGAUGAAGAGGAUCAGAAAGGAAUCCACAGCUGCCCUCAGUGCAGGGAGACCUUCACACCGAGGCCCGUCCUUAAGAAAAACACCAUGUUAGCAGCUUUAGUGGAGCAGCUGAAGAAGACUGGACUCCAAGCUGCUCCUGCUGAUCUCUGUUAUGCUGGACCUGAAGAUGUGGCCUGUGAUUUCUGCUCUGGAAUAAAACUGAAAGCCAUCAAAUCCUGUUUAGUCUGUCUGGCCUCUUACUGUGAGAAACACCUUCAGCCUCAUUAUGAUGUGGCUCCACUAAGGAAACACAAGCUGGUGGAGCCCUCCAAGAACCUCCAGGAGAACAUCUGCUCUCGUCAUGAUGAGGUGAUGAAGAUGUUCUGUCGUACUGAUCAGAAGUGUAUCUGUUAUCUCUGCCCUGUGGAUGAACAUAAAGGCCACGACACAGUCUCAGCUGCAGCAGAAAGGACUGAGAGGCAGAGAGAGCUGGAGGAGAGACGAGAAAACAUCCAGCAGGGAAUCCAGGACAGAGAGAAAGAUGUGAAGCUGCUUCAACAGGAGCUGGAGGCCAUCAACCGCUCUGCUGAUAAAACCGUGGAGGACAGUGAGAAGAUCUUCACUGAGCUGAUCUGUCUCAUCCAGAAAAGAAGCUCUGAUGUGAAGCAGCAGAUCAGAUCCCAGCAGAAAACUGAAGGGAGUCGAGUCAAAGAGCUUCAGGAGAAGCUGGAGCAGGAGAUCACUGAGCUGAAGAGGAAAGACGCUGAGCUGAAGCAGCUCUCAGACACAGAGGAUCACAACCAGUUUCUCCACAACUACCCCUCACUGUCAGCAUUCAGUGAGUCUACACACUCAUCCAGCAUCAAGAUCCGUCCUCUGAGCUACUUUAAGAAUGUGACAGCAGCUGUGUCAAAGCUCAGAGAUCAACUACAGGACAUCCUGAGAGACGCAUGGACAAACAUCUCACUGAGACUCACUGAGGUGGAUGUUUUACUGGUAGAACCAGAACCAAAGACCAGAGGUGGAUUCUUAAAAUAUGCAUGUGAAAUCACACUAGAUCCAAACACAGCACACAAUGAGCUGUCAUUAUCAGAGUGCAACACUAAAAGUCCGGGCUACGUUCACUGA